CCUGGGACCUGAUUGAGCAGAACAGGGGACGCCACGCGCCCGCCAGCCCCCGGCGGCGCAGUCCGCCUGGCUCCGGAGGCGCGGGGGCGCACCAUGCCUGCAGACACCCCAGGGAAGCCGAGAGCCUCGCCGCUGGCAGGAGCGCCGGCCAGCGCCAACAGAACCCCGAAUAAGCCCCGAAGCGCGGCGGAGCACCGAAAGGUGGGGACCUGGCGGGGCGUGGGUUGGGAGGCGUGGGGUGGGACGGACGGAUGCGGGACUCAGCUACAGCCCGACCCACAGUCCUCCAAGCCGGUCAUGGAGAAGCGGCGCCGAGCGCGCAUCAACGAAAGCCUCGCGCAGCUCAAGACCCUCAUCCUGGACGCCUUCAGGAAGGAUAGUUCCCGCCAUUCGAAGCUGGAGAAAGCAGACAUCCUGGAGAUGACCGUGAGGCACCUGCAGAGCCUGCGACGUGUGCAGGUGACAGCCGCGCUCAGCGCUGACCCCGCCGUCCUGGGCAAGUACCGCGCCGGCUUCAAUGAGUGUCUAGCAGAGGUGAAUCGCUUCUUGGCCGGCUGCGAGGGCGUCCCGGCCGACGUGCGUUCUCGCCUGCUUGGCCACCUGGCCGCCUGCCUGGGCCAGCUGGGGCCGUCGCGCCGCCCGGCUCCACCGUCCCCCGCUGCGGAGGCCCGGGCGCCCGAGCUCUACGCCGGUUGCCCGCCGCUCCUGGCAUUCGACCGCCCCUUACCCCUGCUGCGCCCUGGGUCUGCCUUCGCGUUGCGGCUCCCUCCAGGCCUGACUGGGGAGCCCCCCAACGCCCCUAGGGCGGGGCUGCAGAACCGGGGCGCGCCAUGGAGGCCGUGGCUGCGGUGAGGCCUCGACCCUCAGACUGUAACGGAGGCUGCACCCCGUUCUAGGGCCGUGGCCUUUGCUGAGUGUACCAGAGAAUAUUUGUUUCCAGAGACCACGUCGAGAGAGUUUUGAUAUUUUUUUGUCUUUGUGAAGACUCUAGUCUGGCGUUUCUUUCAGCCCUUAGUUCUGGGGUGGGGGUGGGGGGCUCUGCUGGUUGCGUUGUGCUGGACUUCUGGGGUGGGCCUGCGGGUGGCCCUUCCCCAGGCUCUGUACCCCGUGCCGGCCGGUCCUCUAGCCCAGGGCUUGGUCGGUGGACCUGCCUCUGUGCAGUAGCCAGCCACCCUCCUCGAAGUGUGGGUGAUGUGUGAAGCCACUCAGGAAAGUGACAGUCAUCACAUUUCCCACAACGUAUCCCAAUGUUGGAAACCAGUCCGGUGGCAUCACUGGGCAAGGAUUUUUGUUUGUUUGUUUUUUAAGGUACCUUAUCCCACUCCCACUCCUGUGGACCUUGGAAGGUGAAGACAUUGUCACACUCUUGUCCUGGGCCAUUGGGCAUGGCGAGAGGUGAUCAUGCCCUGAGGCUUCAGUUCUGGCUUGGUCCGCUUCCUACUUUAUUCUCAUGGUUCAACACAAAACUGCCUGGACUGAGCCUGCCCCAGGCCAGUGUCUGGUCAGGAGACGAGUGCCAGCAGGAGAGGGUGACUGAGUCCUGAAGACAGGGAACUGGGGCAAGACUGGCCAAGAGCACUUAGUGCCAAGAUUUGGGGGGGGGGAGGUAACUAUCUUACCAGAGUCCAGUCCUGCUGUGUGCCCUGGGAGGGGAGGUCUCCCGCCUGGUGGGGAAAGAUUGGAGGGUCAUCCUGCCCAUGCCUCUGUUCUGAGCACCUGCUGUGUGGCAGCCCUACAGUCCUGGGCAGUAAUGCUGAGCAGCAUUGGACAUCAGCCCUGGAGUCACCGUCCUGCGGUCCCAGGUCUCCCUGAGCUGCUGCUGGGCACUGGACUCCAGUUGCAAUGAGGGGAUGAUCUGAGUCAUACAAGCUGAGACUGGAGUGUCUCAUCCUGAGCCCAUCUGAGGCUGAGCCAAGACUCAUUUCCCAACUGCAGCUGAAUUCAUCAGAUGGUUGCUGGCCGCCUGCCUGUCCAGGGCCCAUCAAGGAGAAAGAGGGUGAGUCACUGCUAGAGGUUAGCCUGCUUCUCCUCCAGUGGCUUCCAUGGCUGUGUCACAGGCAGGGUUCACCUGGGCUCUCCUGCAGGGACCUCCAGAUCCCCACCAAGCAAGUCACCUCCUGCCCUCUGGUUUCCUUGCCCAUCACCCCAAGACUCAGUGGCCUGGGUCAGUGGUCCUAGAUGGUGGCAACCACAUGGGCCAGGUACUGUAUCCUUGGACAUAGACAC